UGCGCUUCGAGUUUAGUUUUUCAAAACGCAUCCCACUUGGAAAGGAUUGAGUAUGCCGYUCCAUAAGUAUUUUUCUUUCUUUUUCUUCAUAACAGUAUUUUCUUCGUCCAAAGUCCUAAUGUCUCCGGUGGAGGUGAAAUUAUAUUCUAGCGRUUUUUGUGAAAAGUUUGACCAGAAAAUACGUCACAAGACACGUCACAACUUACAAGCACUAUAAGAGCCAGUCUUUUUCGGACUGGCCAUACCUUUGGGUCCCCAAAGAGUAUGGGAACUAGGCAUCAUUGUAUUGUUGUAUCAUUCACGAAGAUAACAUUGAAGAGGUAAACAAAGAAUUUCUUGGCGAUCCAAGAUUACUUCUUCUCCCGCCACUAAUGUUGGGUCAUGGCAAGUUACUAUAACAGCAAGAAACCUUACAACAGGAAGCCCAUCAAGGACAUUAGUUCUUGUGAGACAUGAUAUAGACAAUUUUAAAAACUGGCUUCAAAUAGAAAAUGGCCUAUCCAUACUUUGUUCCAGACCGUCUGGUCGUCCACCCUCCCCCAGAACACAUCGAACGUGGUCGAGUGAAACACGUGAUCAUGAGAGGAGAGGAAUUCCAGUCAUUUUCCUACCAGUCUAUCCCAGAGAACCUAUUACUCCAAUACAUUAAGCAGACCACUGAUAAUCUUGUACUUAAUAAGAUCAUGGUUGUGUGUUUUCGGCCGUGUGCGAARGGUGAGAGUAGCUACAUAUCAGAAGUGCUCAGACGUGGUGUUUCUCUUGAUGGUUCUACGUAUCGAUUCCUGGGUCAAUCCAAGUACCGACUUCGAGGAAAGACWUGYUAUCUGGUCAGUGACUCAGAUCUUACUAUUUACGACUUUUUGGCAAAAUUUAUCAACUUUGAUCGAGUURAAAAUGUUUCCAAGCGAGCGGGAUGCAUUGGAUUGCUGCUUACAGGGUUUCAACAAUCGCUCUCUCUAAGACAAAAUGAGUACGUGGUGAUCAAAGACGUGCAGAAAACAAAGUACAACUUCACGAGAGGGUGUGGCUACAUGUCYCAUCUAUUUGCUGCAGAAAUCCAGAUGAUCGAACAGCUCCAUGUACCACCCUGCGUUGUUUUGAUGUUGUAUCAAGGGUUUUAUGGCGUUCUCGUUAUUCGUACUGAUUUAAAUGCGGCCAAAGUUGAGUUCCGAGAAUCUAUGAAGAAGUUUGAGAUUGCAGACGCGAGGCUGCGGAGUGACCUGGAUACCUUUGCAGUGUUAGACUACUCAAGGCCUUACACCAUUGGCUAUCUUAAUUUACAAAGUGUGAUGCUAUUGGCUGAUCGAGGUGUGUCACAUGACUAYCUCAGACAGCUGCAAGAAGAUUACUAUGUUAUGUUGGAUAACCUCYGUACAAACAGAUCUCGGGCGGCUUAUUUUCUGAAAGCAACCGGCAGAGCAGAACUGUUUUGUAAACUACAAACUUCUGGGCUUCAAGAARUGCAAGAUGAACUCGAAAAACUCAGACAAGCUGAAAUCCAGAAUAUGAAGCAUGGAGACCAAGUUGAAGGUGGCAGAAAUCUUCCUAACUCUCACUACGGUCUAAAAACCCGUCUACGAGUUUUYGUACCCAAAUCCCGUAUAGUCUUUGGUGUUUGUGACCCAUACGAAAAGCUUAAAUAUGGUGAAUGUUAUUUUAGUCCUACGAUGUUUGAGGAAGAAAAACAGGAGUUGGCCGCCGUUGAUAGAGUUGUUGUAAUGCGUUACCCUUGUUAUCACCCGGGUGAUGUUCGUGUGUUACGAGUUCAGAGGAAACACCCUGAGUACAGCUACCUUGCUGACUGCAUCGUCUUCCCAGUACACGGGCCGCGACCUCACGCUCUGGAAUGUGGAGGGGGGAGCCUAGGUGGGGACAAGUUCUUCGUCACGUGGGACACUAACCUUGUCCCACGYUGGAAUGUGUCCCCGUAUGAUUAUGCACCUAAACCUCUGAAACAAGUAGGAGAUCGUCUUGCACGAGGUGGUCAGUCUUUCUCGCAAGUCAGUGUGCGUGUACGUCAACGUGCUCAAAACGUCCUUCCUUCAGUGUUCGGUGAUCCCGAUAGCUACCAGAAGAAACAGAAAGUCAAAGUCCUCCAAGAACUAGCUGAACACUUUGCUAGUACGAAUUCAGAUCUGGUGUGCAAGUUGGAUGCGCUUUUUAUGAAAUAUGCGUCAACUWGUGGUCCAUCGAGUAAAGAAUGUCGUCAACUGCAUAAAUCCUUAGUGAGUUCAUUAGCAGGAGAUGCACGCCAAGAGGAGAUAGAAAAGACUUUAGAAAAAUGUGACAGUGAUUUGAAUAACCCAAAUACACUGAAUACGAGUUCUCGUCGCACGCCUUUGCGGAAUCUUAGCGUUCGAUUGGGCUUAUCGAAGCCUGAUUUCAAGGCCGGGGAUGAUGUAUGGGAAGCGAUGGAGAGACGAGCUAGGGAAUUCCUGGACCAAACCACUACGCAAUCACCACCCAAAGCGCAGCUUGCGACAUUCGACGCAGUAGAGAAACGGCAAUCCACGGAAUAUCUUAACCAAGCAGCUGGACAGUCACCAGUCAAAAUGCCACUUCCAACACUUGAAGAUUAGCCCAAUCUGGGACAGCUAAGAAAGUGUGCAUUAGCGCCUCUUAAUUUAAGUACAAUCAUCAAUAUCGUUUUUUCUAACUCUAACACUGAUUUGACUAAUCGCGCAUUGAGAAAACAUGUUCGUCGAUGAAACUGUUUUUGAGAACCCGCUCGCCAAAUAUUGGCCGGUGAUGACUCAGUUCUGUGUGGCUCGGAAAACAAGUGACUCGGGCAUUGGCAUUUUAUUAAACCAGAUGAAUUAGAGCAUAGUAAGGUUUGAUAUAGAGCAAGAGCAGAAUGGGACACAGGAGUCUAUAAAUAUGUUGCUUAAUAUUUCAAUUUUUUUUCCCGGUCCGAUCGUUUCUACUUUUUCCAUUGUAGAAAGUAUAACAAAUAUUUAAAGGUCCCCCCCACCAUGCUUGCGACGGUAUAUGAAUCAGUAGAAACGCGCGCAGUAAGCUAUAAUUUGUGGCAGUAGUCCACGGAUUUUUCAAAUUAAAUACACCGUGGAACAAAACACAGUACAYGGCACGGUCGCAGGAUUGUUAACGUUUUUAAAAGCAAUCCCACACGUGAUAUCACUGCUCAGCUAAAAUGCUAGGUCAUUUACCCUCAAGGUCACACCACGGCGAUCCGCACCGUGAGUUUUCCACAAUCACACAUUCUUACUCGCAGUAUAGCAGACGUAUGGAAACGCAACACUCAAAUGGCUUUAAGAUUCAAGGAUUGAUGUGAUUGGAUUAUAGCCGCGUUCUUGUGCUUUUUGAUUGGUUUGGAGCAGUGGAAUCCAUUUUAGAAUCACGACAACAAAAAAAAAA